AGCCCCGCCCUAGAGGUGUUGGUUUUGGAGGUCACAGAGCUGAGUGGGAUACAAGGGAGCAGCAGUCUGUCAGACAGCGCAGUGGCUAUCACUUCUGCAGUGAAAAAAGUGAACUCUGAAUUAGCAUCCUGUCAGGUUGUGUGAUCGACCAUCUCUCAGGAUGACGCACCAGUUCCCAGCCCUCUCCAGUGGUCAGAAGAGGGAGCUCCAGGAGAUUGCCCUUCGUAUCGUCACUCCAGGGAAGGGCAUCCUGGCUGCUGAUGAGUCUGUGGGCAGCAUGGCGAAGCGCCUUAACCAGAUAGGGGUUGAGAACACUGAGGAGAACCGCCGGCAGUACCGCCAGAUCCUCUUCAGGGCUGACGACCGCAUCAACAGCUGCAUCGGAGGAGUCAUUUUCUUCCACGAAACGCUGUACCAACACGCUGACGACGGCACGCCCUUCGUCAAGAUGAUCAAAGAUAGGGGCAUCACUGUGGGCAUCAAGGUUGACAAGGGUGUUGUCCCCUUGGCAGGAACCAAUGGAGAAUCUACCACUCAGGGACUGGAUGGGCUCUCAGAACGCUGUGCUCAGUAUAAGAAGGACGGGGCAAACUUUGCUAAGUGGCGCUGUGUGUUCAAGAUCAGUGAGACCACCCCCUCUAAACUGUCCAUUGAAGAGAAUGCAAAUGUUCUGGCUCGAUAUUCAAGCAUUUGCCAGCAGCAUGGGAUUGUGCCUAUUGUGGAGCCAGAGAUUUUGCCUGAUGGAGAUCAUGAUCUGAGGCGUUGUCAGUAUGUCACAGAGAAGGUCCUAGCUGCAUUGUACAAGGCCAUGUCUGACCAUCAUGUGUACCUGGAGGGCACUCUGCUCAAGCCCAAUAUGGCCACUCCUGGCCACAGCUGCCCCACAAAAUACAGCGCAGAGGAGGUCGCCAUGGCAACAGUCACUGCCUUGCGCCGCACCGUCCCUCCUGCUGUCACGGGAGUGACGUUCCUCUCUGGGGGUCAGAGUGAAGAGGAGGCCUCUGUCCACCUGAAUGCCAUCAACAACUGCUCCCUGGUGAAGCCCUGGACCCUCACCUUCUCGUACGGCCGAGCCCUGCAGGUGUCCGCACUCAAAACCUGGCGGGGACAUAAAGAGAAUGAGAGUGCUGCAACUGAGCAGUUUAUCAAGCGAGCAGAGGUGAAUGGCCUGGCCUGUCAGGGGAAGUACACUGGUGGCGGGGACAGUGAAUCCGACCAGAUCUAUGUGGCCAAUCAUGCAUACUAAUGAGCCAGUGAUUCCAGCUUUGGCCAACCAAUAGCAUAGUCCGCUGUCACUGCCAUACCAAUUGGCCAAUCGCAGGCAUAUGCUAUCUACAAUCUGUAUUCUAGGAGUUAUAUUAUAGUUAUUUGAAUGUACACACUGGUGAUUCAAAAAAUGUUGCACAUUGGUGGACACACUAGAUAUAAGGGUCUAAUGAAAUUAGUCAUUGAAGGAUGGCCUUUGAUUAGACACUUUCAACAAUAUUAUUGUAACCUUUGAGAUGACAACAUGUUCUUGUGGUAGUAGGAAAAUGAAACAUAAUUGAUGUUUGGUUGUUUCAUUACAUAUUUCGAUGAGAUUCAGAAUGAUCUUUUGCCAUGUAAAGCCACCUUCCAAACUGCUGCAUACUCGGAUAAGCGUCAGAUAGGGUGUGUGGUGUAGGCCUAUUGUGUGUGAUGAGAAUGGAGAACCAUACUGCCAUUCCAAAUUCAGGCUGUGUAUUAGAGAUGUGUGUCUAAACAAAAUAACUGUGUAAAGACACUAGUUUGUAGAAAUUGGGUGUUCUUUCAUAGUGGCACAGAGUUCCAAAGACUUCUCGUUUUGGAUGAACUCGUGGACAUCUGGACUUACAGUAAAUAAUGUUAGGUGUAAAAUGUUAUUUUUUGUGAUUUAGCUAAGUAUUGUUCUUUAUGCAAGUGAUGUAUCAAAUACUGUCGUGCAAAAGUAAAUCAUAAUGACAAUAAAUUAAGUUCAGUUGAAACAA